UCAGACUUUCCAGCAGCCUGCUCUCAUGUCUCUCUGCUGGCUGAUUUCUCUCCUCUAUUAUAACUGCCCUGCUGCCUCCCCUCCCUCGCCUCCACCUCCUCCCUCCCAGUGUCUCAGCCCUGUGCUUCACCUCCCUGCUUUUACUGUUUCGGGGGGAACGGCAGCCGGUCAUGACCACCAAGUCCUCGUUGAACGGCAGCGCUGACCACCUGAAGUCUGGGGAAGCCCAGGAGAUCCCCCCUCUGAGGAACUACCUCUGUCUCACCAUGUUCACCUGUUUCUGCCCUGCAUGGCCCAUCAAUAUUGUGGCGCUGGCUUUCUCUAUGAUGGCCCAAAAGAGCUAUGAUGAAGAGGACUACGAUGGCUCCAAGCGUCUGGGUCGGAAAGCUCUCCACCUGGGGAUUGUUUCUUUUGUCAUCGGCUUUGUGAUCAUCACCGCGUACACCAUUGUGCAUUUUACCACGGUAUUAUUCAGCAGAUAA